AUGCCACUCGUCGGCUGUCCCCGCCGCGGCCCGCCGCUUUGGCUCGCCUGCCGCCACCGCCGCAGCUUGUAUCGGGCCCGAGCCGUCGCGCCCAAAUGCGAGGCCUCCACCUCUCCUCCGCUCCUGACCCGGAGGGUGUCCGCUGCCUCGCUGCUUCUCGCUGUCCUCCCCAUCCCCGCGUCGUCGCCGCUACUUCCCGUCGCCUCCGCGUCGGAGGCGGAGGCGGCGGAAGGAGAAAGUGGUAUUUCUGAGGGGCUAGAAUUGGAGCGGUACACCGACCAGGAGCUGGGCUUCACUCUCGUCAAGCCGACCUCCUGGCCCAAGGUAAAGGAUCAAUUUGAACCUGGACGACGUCAAUACUGCGUGACAACGUGGAGAAGGCGGGCGCGACCGGCGCUGUUUCAGCAGGAGGGAAAAGGGAGUAACAAUAUUGGGGUUGUCGUCAACCCCGUUCGGCUCAAUUCGCUGACGGAGUUCGGGACGCCGCAGUUCGUCGCGGACAGACUUCUGCAAGCAGAGAAGAAAAAGGUAGAAAUGCCUGAACAAUGUUUUCUUGGCAUUGCAAGUAUUCUGGAGGUUCUCAUGGAUACCUGUAUUCUAUGUACAAUUGUGGGAGAGAGAUCAGGUCAUGGUGGCCUGACAGUGUAUGAAAUCGAGUACACACUGGACAGCACUAGGGGAGGGAUGAAACGGAUCUUCUUGGGUGCAUUUGUUGCUUCAAGGAAGCUAUAUCUGCUCAACAUAGCCUAUUCAGACACCCAGGAGAAGCCCUUGGACAGCGAGACAAGAAUUGUUCUGGAAAAAGCUCUACAUUCUUUUGAUUCUGUAUAG